AUGUCGAACUCUUCUUUCAGAAUGUUCUCGACCGCCGCUAAGGCAUCUAUGAGACCAGCUUCUAUGCCAGUCAAGGUUCGUUCCCCCUACAACAUGUCAGCCAUGUUGCAAGAGAUCACCGACAUUGAAGCUAGGUACAAGGGACCCGCUAAUGCGGCCAACAUGACACUCGACGAAAUGUGGGAUGACUACUACGUGAUAUACAGAAGAGCAGGCCCAGUGCUGAUGUGGGAGGAGCCAUGGAUGCCAGUGGAAGCAGAGUGUCUCCCUUACGAGACUGUCAACCCAGAGGCUCCUGAGCCAGAGGCUUCCGAGCCCGAAGGUCCCAAGCCACGUGAGUAUUACCUUCAAAUGGUACUUUACGAAGGACCAGAAACUGACGAGGAAAAGCCAGAGGAGCCUGAAGACAAGCCCGCCAAUGCGUCUGAAGCCACUCCCGAGCCAGCUACUCGUCCUCGCCAGGGCAUUUUCGACUCCAUCUGGGCAGAAACACCCACAUCCCGCUUCUCUCACUCACAACAACCACAAACACAAAAGUCGACUACCUCAUCGUCUUCUCCACCAAAACAGUCAUCAUCUCCCUUCUCAGGUCCACCAAAACAGAAGUCGACAACCUCGUCGCAAUCUCCACCAAAACAGGCAUCAAGAUCCGACAGCUGUGAACCUCAUAAACACCACUGCUCGUCGCCGCCAUCAAACAAAUCAUCCACUCACGACAAUGGUGAAAACCAUAAGAACCACCGCCGUCGCAACCAAAAGUCUGCCAAGCAGCAACCUCAUCCACAAACACAUUCGAGUACGCCUCGCCACAACCACAAGUCUGCCCAGCAGCAACAGCAUCCACAAACACAUGCGAGUAUGCCUCGUCAACCCACCACCACCUUUAACACUCCUCCUUCUCACGCACAUCCACAAACACAAGCGAGUACGCCUCGUCACAACCACAAGUCUGCCCAGCAGCAAUCCCAUCCACAAACACAUGCGAGUACGCCUCGCCACACCUUCAACACUCCCCAUCUCACGCACAUCCAGUCUCACAACCACUGA